GUUGGGUGGAGUCCAAUGACUACAUCUGCUUAUGAUGCAUUUUUGACCACGCUUGUUCGUGGGGCACAAGCUGAUGAGGCUGUCAAGUUCUUGCAAGUUAUGAAGGGGCAUAACUGUUUACCAGAUAGAAAUGUCUAAUGGUGGAUACCUGAUGAAGGAGCUAAUGAGUUGGUUCAUUGUACAAAUCCCUAUGAAAGCAGUUUAUAAUGCUGAUUGCCAUUGCGUUAUAUGAUCUCUUUGGUUAUUUUGGAGCACAUGCAGUUAAUUGAAAAUUGAAGUGAUGGGUGUCAAUCUCAUGAGAGAUAAUUACGAAAGAGAACAAAUUUUGUUGGUAAAAGUAACUCUCGAAUGGUCCUUAGUUAACAUUCUUGUUUUCCUCUGCUUUGGCCUUCUACCCAAGUGUCAGGUUUGCACUCCUUUCUUGAGGAAUGAAUGAUGCUCACCUAACAUUAUUACAAAACAGGCAAUGAAGCAGGAAGCAGGUUAAGUAUCCAUUUCUAGCAAGCUCAUCCAAAUGAAAGCGGUCCCUUGUUAAUGCACCCAGCAAAGAGAAUUAGAUGUGAAAGCCAACUUUUUUAAUUUCGAAGGGAAAAACAGAGUACUUGGUCUGAUAUAUGCAUGUUUAAAAAGGAGAUGGCGUGCACUUAGCGAAACCAGAAAGUUUAACCAGCCAUCCAGAACAAGAGCAGAAGUCCAGUAGUGCAAUGCAUAGAGGGGGUUUGGGCGGGAAGAGAGGAGACAGGAGUUGGGAAUUGGGAAUGCAAGUCAAGGUAGGUAUUUUUGGCUUUAUAGGAAAAAAGUAGCCUUAGAUUCCUUAAUAGAGUGGUUUAUACUGUUAGAGAUACAAAUAAGAGGGGGAGGAAAUGCUUUAUAUGAAGGAAAGGAAGAUACCAAAACCUUCCCCGUCGAUUAGAGCUAAUUCUAUACCUUGCCAAUCCUGAUAAUCCUGAAAACAUAGCAUCCCCCUUCACACCUCCGACCCCCUAAAUAAAAAGUCUUUUCCGAAAAUCCAAAAGCCAAAGCCCUCCGAAUUAAUGUUGUCAUCCCGCACCCAAUGCCCACCAAGUCUAAUGUUGUCCCCCAGCGCUCAUUCCAGAAGGAACGAGGGACCCAUCCCUUGGUUUGGUGUGCCGCCAUCAUCUGCACCAUCCUCACCGUCGCCGUCAUCAUUGCCGGCAUCGUUACCUUCAUUGGGUACUUGGUUAUACAUCCCAGGGUGCCUUACAUCAGCGUCGCGAACGCCCACCUAGACCGGAUACAGAUUGAUUAUGCCGGCGUGCUGGAAAUCCAGGUUACGAUAGUGGUUCGAGCUCAGAAUGGUAACGAGAAGGCGCACGCCAGUUUUUCGAAUUCCAGUUACAUCCUUAGCUUGAACGGGGAAGACCUGGCGAGGUUGGUUGCAGGCCCCUUCGAAGUCGUGAAGAACAGUUCGGUCGAUUUUCAUUAUGUAGUUCAAUCAUCGCCGAUACCCUUGGAUCCGGAACAAGCAGACGAUGUGGACGCGGCGUUGAAGAAAGAUUUGAUUACGUUCGAUUUGAAAGGAAAAACCAAGGCCAGAUGGAGAGUUGGCCUCCUCGGCUCAAUUAAGUUCGAGUGUCAUCUCAGUUGUCAGUUGCAUUUCCAUGUUUUCAACGGAACCUUCAUUCCUUCUCGCUGUACUUCCAAGGCCAAAUGAGCAUCAUCCUUCCGUAAUUGUUCUAUUUUCUUCCCAUGUAAUGCUUUUUUUCCUUUUCUCUUUCACUACAGACGCAACCCAACCCAAGCCUUCUCUCUAUCUCUCCGUGUCUUAUGGUCAGCGUCAGCAGGCAGGGCUUCAUUUUCCUUCAUUAAUUAGACACAAAGGAAUCUAGUGUUAGUGAAAUAAGUUUAAGUUAGUGGAUUCCAUUAUUAUUAAUUUUUACUAUAUCUUUUGCCUGGGAAGAAUUACGAAUUGCCAGAGUCUGAGUAUUGAAUGAACAACUACAUUCUACUUGGUACAUAAAUAUAUACAACUAGUAGUAACAAGGAUGCAAUUUCUGGGAAAGGCAAUGCUGCUUCUGUGUUUCAAAGAUAAUGUAGGAUCUAAUCAAUCAAUAUCCUUAGACAGUAAGUAAAGCCAUAGCGGAAAGUAGUUGUAAAAGAAAU